AUACGACAUAUAUUUGAAAUCCAUACACUGACAUAUAGGGUAGGCUUCUUUUUUUAGUAAGAAUUAGACGUAGUACCUAAACAUUAAAGUUACCCUCCCUCCUUUGUCCGUACGGUCCACAUCAUUCAGCCUAAGGUCCGCGCAUCGGCGCAUCAGCGUCCUCACCGAAGCCCAGUACCGUGUGGUAAACGGUGAUGUGGCGCCCUCACGUGGUUAACAGACAGCACUGCAUAGUGAACGAAGAAACUACACAGUACCGCUGAAAUUCUCAGCGCGUUGGCUGUUAUUUAUAAUAGAUAUUUCGUUUGCCGUUUUUUAUAUAAUAAUAAAGGUCUCUGCUUGUGUUCGAGGCGACUAGCGCCACUCUGCCAUAAAAAUACACAAAUCAAAUGAAAUGAGACCCGGGAGCGCGCAGGAUGUGACGACGGGAGGCUGUCGGUUCUCUCCGUCUUUGCUGUGGGCAGCCCGGUGUAGCCACAGCACCUGGUCCCGGAGUGAAAUGUGCCAAUGACCGUCUCUGACCACCACUACACGUUCUCAUGUAGUUAACAGCCGUGUUUAAUAAGGAAUGGAGGUGGUGGACAGCCCUCUCAACCUCGCCCAUCAGCAGUGCAGGAAAGCAGACCGAUUUCUGGCUGCUGGAAAAUAUGAAGAGGCCAUCUCUUGCCAUAGAAAAGCUACAGAACUGCUGAAGGACGCCAUGAAGCUCACAGAGUGUGAACAGGCUCGGCUGUCUCUGGAGCUCCAGCGGGACAGUCAUGUGAAGCAGCAGCGGUUGAUCGAGGAGAGAUGGAAGCGGGCCAGGCGAGAGGGCAAGCCGCGGAUCCUCCAGACUGUCCUGACCUCGGAGCAGUCACUUCAUCCCGAGUCUAGUUCCUCGUCUUCUUCUGGCCCAGCUGCCUGUCCUGAUCGUGAGUAUGAUACUUGGCUGUACCUGCUGAAGAACAAAGGCACUGCCCCGGAGCCGUGCGCUGGCAGCAAGGCCCAAAAAGAUGACAAGACACGGCUGGAGGAGCAGCAGACCACCAUCGAGAACCUGCGGCGGCUGGUGGACCGGCUGGUGGGUGAGAAUGAGCGGUUGCAACAGGAAAACGACCGGCUGCGAGCUGAGAAUGCCCGGCUGCGCAAGGAACCAUAUGCUGAUGCCGACUUCGUAGAGAAGUCGGAGCUAUGGGUGCUGCCGCAGCCGGCCGAGGAGCGCAAGGCCAAGGACAUUUCUAUCCCGCACCUGCCACCGCUGGAGAUGCCACAGGACAUCCCCCUGGAGGACCUGCCUGCUCUGGAGCUGCCCGAGGACAUCCAGCAAGAGCUACAGGAGCUGCUGGACGGAGAGAAGCUGUGAGCGCCCGUCCAUAUGCUUGCCAAAGGGAGAAGAUUACGCCAUCAAAAGCUUACAGACGAGGGAAUUUGGUGAAUUUCUGGCCUUCAGCGCGGUGGCAUAGCUCUAGAUGGCCUAAUGCUAACUUUUUUUUUCUCGUUCCUUUCUUCAAUGAUGCCCACCUAGGUACUGCAGCUAUUUGAUAACAUGAAACAAACAACAAAAAAGAACUCAUUUUGCAAGACUUGUGCCUUUUUGAAUAUUUCUAUUGUCUGACGAAAGGGACUGAUGAGAAGAAUAUCCGCUCUGUGGAAGCCGUGAUUGUAAAACUGGCUCAACUGACGCGUUUGGAAAAGAUCAGACUGGCCUUGGUCAGUAAGAAACCUGGGCCUCUCAGAGACCCUUUUGAACUGCAAAUCUUUUCCUUUUCUCCCCACACAAAUACAGACAGUGAGCACUGUGAACUACAUCCAUAACGUGUGAAUGCGUACGAGAUGAAAUGUGUGUGUUUAUGUGGCUCCCUGACUUGUGGUGAGAUGUGGUGUUGUGACAAUAUGGAUCGUUGUGGAAAAUCAUGAACAUGCAGCUUUGUCACCUCCGAUCGUGUCCUGUCAUUUCCAGUGUCCGCCUAUGAAAUAGCUACAGGAUGUCUUUCCAGUAGUAAAGCUUCCACGUCUGUUCUGUUGAGGCCGAAGUCUUGAAAUCUGCUACUGUCCAAGAAGCAGAGACGCCUCAGUGUGUUGGGGAAUUCCAAUGCUUUUUAAAUAUUGCUGCGUAAGUCAAUAGUUGAGAUGUAAACAGGCAUUCAGCGUGGUUUGAUGUGAAAUGGCCUGUUGCCAAUGAUGAGAGGAACCAGGGGUUCCACUAGACCAAUACGCAAAUGCAGCUUUUGCCAUGUGUCCAGUUGUAAACCGGAUAGUCUGGUUUUAAAGUUGCUAGUCAACCAGACAUUUUCAAGUCAGGUUUCACUCUAAAUGUUAUCAUUCAGGACUAUUUCACCCUGCAAGUACCUAAAUAUGUUUUAAGCCAGAAUCUUAUUUCAGAACUAUUGAGAAAUGAUGAGCGUGUUUAUAUGCCCUUAAUCUAAUAACUGCAGACAAGUCAUCAGAUUUUGUCAGUAAUCCGAUCAACGGACUUGAGUAAUGGGAAGUAGGAAAGAUAAUGGGAAACUCCAGUUCUACAUGAGCCAGACAAUAAUUGGAUUUCUGUUUAGCAGCCAGCCAAUAAUCUCACUGAAGACGGCGUGAUGUAAACAUAAUGUAAAACUAAAACUGUUUUAAAAACACUGCACCACAUUACCUGAAAAUAUGUAAAUCCCUCAUUUUGUCAAGCAUGUAUUUGGUUUCAGCGUCUUCCCAAAAGUGUUUUGCUUCCAUCUCACUGCAAUAUUCCUUGCCUAUUUCCAGUACCGCCAUCUGUUUUCACACAUGCUCAGACUGAGCAAUCUGAGUGAAAUCUGAGGAAGAGUUUCCAGAAAUCUGACCACUGAGCUAAAAUCCAGCUCUCUUUAUCAGAUUUCCUAAUCAGAUUUCAACACCUUAUUCCGAUCUAAGAAAUUGGAGUAUGCUGUUUACAUGAUUAUUUGAAUAAAUCAGAUAACUGCAGGUUUUGAUUGGAUUACUGAGUGCGGUAAGCUCGCUCAAUGUCUGAACCAUCAGGCAGUGUAUUCACAACAGUUACAUCCCAUAACGUCAUGCAGUGCUUUUAGAGGACUUAACGCUUUAGACGCUGGUUCCCAUCACCACCGCUGUGAACAAGUCUGACUGUAAUUUCUCUAGAAAUUAUUGUUCUUUUACAUCAGACCACUCUGAAUGAGUUUACAGUUUAAUUACUCAGAAUAAAAAAACCUGCUGGAAUUUCCCCCCAAACCAGCUUGACGCCUUAUUAUAAAGAAAAAAGGCCCUGCAACACAGUAAAGUGGUGUCAUGAUGUCUUUGAACUGUUGUUGUGGUGCUAGGCAACCCAGGAUUGAAAUGCACAACCAGCCACCAACUAAGCAAGCAAUAACACAACGGUUCCAGUUACACACAGAAUAGCAACUCUACCACAGUAGAAAUGCUUUUGUGCUUGUUUCUUUUUUUUUGCAAGCUCUUGAAGUUCUGUUGCUUCAUGAGGUUUUGCAGUAGCAGCACAGAAUUUUAGUCUCGGAUCCAUCAGCAUGUCUAAGUGGAAGAACCCGAAGCCUUUCCCGAGUCCCAAGUCAGGAUCUUUGUGAAGUGUAAGGAUGUUUAAUUUUUAAUUUUUUUCUCUUUUUUUUUUUUUUUUUGCGAAGCCUAAUUUGUACUGUAAUCAAUCAACAGUUGAUUGUUUUGAUCACACAGUUAAUAUUUUUCAGGUAACUGUGUGAUUUUUACUUUGAAUAUGCAGGAUGGGUGAGUCCAUACACAAUCAUACAGUAUAUGAGAAGAAGUCAGGUUACACUAUUCCUUCAUACUAAUCGAGAGGAAAAUCAACUUGUGCCACAUGCAAGAGAGCAAGGAGCGCUUUUUGUUGUUUUGUUUUUUAAUGUGAUGCAGAGAUGUGAAAUAAUGGGUCAUAUUUGUGUCACGAAGAGGGAACCAAAUCCACUUAUUUCUUUUUUUAUUAAUUUAAUGUUUCAGUUUUAUUAUUGGUUUACAGCAGUAAUCAGGGUGCAUCUGAAUUGUUUUCUCUUCCAUUUUGUUUGUGUGGUGUAAAAAUCUUUGAAGAUCAUAUGAUGAAAGUUUUGUUCAUGCAUGAAUGGCAGUUGUAGCUGUAAGUCUAUGAUUGUUAAGAUAUUAAAAAUGAGGAUUUAUGUUA